GUCAUUCUAGUUCUCAACCUCUCUCUCUCUUACAUCAAAGCGCACUCUAUUCAAUCCAACACAAUGGCGAUCAUCUUUGAGAAUAAGAGCAUUGAGAGCACUGACACUGGAAGCAGAAUGAAGUUUCCUCAUCGUGAUGACGUCAAGUGGACAUAUCUUCCAUUUGGUUGCAACAACCCCGGCCGGUGCGGAGACUUGCCAGUUAUAGAUGAGGGGGACAAUCAGUGGACGCUUACCAUCGAAAAUAAAAACGGACAGGUAUUUUUCACUGGGGGGUGGAAAGCAUUCAGAGAGAAGAAAGGCAUUACAGAUAGGCAUACGAUCUCCCUUUACAGAGAUGAUGAAGCUGAUCUGUACAGAAUUAUAGUGGGGAGAAACUGAGAAAUGGGAUCAUUAAUUAGUUGGUUUUUAUAUAUCGUAUAAGAGUAUGUUUUGUUUGAAAAAAGUGAAGGAGAUACGAGAGAAUACUAUUUCAGCUAAUCAAAAUAAAUUGAUAAACCCAUAUCUUUAUUUGAUUAGAUGAAAUAUUUUUUUCUCCUCUCUUCUUCACUUUUCUUAAACUAAAUAAGUUCUGAGUGGUUGUUGGUUAACCUAAUAGUUUAAUUUGGGAUACUCUUUUAUCUUUUAAUUUGUGUUAAUCAUUGUUUACUGUUUAGAUUUUAAGAUGAUGCUUAUUUUAUGAAUUAUUAUACUCUUUAUAAGGUUGUGCUAUUGUAUGUAAAAUAUUUCUACAAUAAAAUUAAAGUUUCACU